AUGGAAUUUGAUGAAUCCUAUAUCGAUAGACCUAUUAAAGUUAAAAGUUCGAUUGAAAGGUUACCAAAUUUAAAUGAGAAUAAUGAUACUUUAACACUCUCGAUUUCAUCUUCAUCACAUCCUACAACUUCAAUAAAUUUAGAUCAAACGCUAUUCCAAUCAAGACUGCAACAGCCAUCGCAAUCACUUUCACAAUCUAAUAGUGCUCAUGUUUACAAUGAUAUUGAAACUAUAAGCUCAAGUGUACCAUCGAUACUCACAAGAGAUAAUAAUUUUUAUAAUGAAUUGGCUUCCAUUACAACGUCAAAUAAUAUUAAUAGUUGGAAACGUUCAUUUGUAAGCAAUGAAAUACCAAAUGUAUUUAAACCAUUCUCUGAUGAAUUUUUGACUACAAGUAAUUCAUCAUCAAAUAACGAUGAUAUUUCAAAUUAUGAUAAGAAUUUUCUGUUUUUAACCUCUGCUGGCAAACCAAUCUAUUCAACUUUUGGGAAAGAUGAACAGUUAGUAUCAAUUAUGGGUUUGAUUAAUACGAUUAUCCAUUUCUUUAGAAUUAAUGCUUCAAAAGAAUUGAAAACUAUUAAGUUUUUAAAUUCAAAUUUUGUCUUUUUGAAUAGGUCACCAAUUAUCUUAUUGGCUUAUUCAAGAUUAGGUGAAACUACUACUGAGUUAAUUGAUCAAUUAGAUUUUUUAUAUUCAUAUUUAAUUUCAUCAAUCUCUGAAAGACAAAUAUUGAGAUUAUUUGAUAAAAGGGACAAUUUUGAUUUAAGAAAUUUUUUAGAGGUUUCAGAUUUUGAGAACUUAGAUCAAAUUUGUUAUAUGAUAUCGAAUAAAUUUUAUCCAGAUUUAUAUUUAGGUUCAUUACAAUGCUUGACUUUAAAGCAUUCAUCAAUUAGGAAAAAAACUCAUGAAUUAAUGAUUAAGAAUUUAUUAAUGGAUUCAGAUCUACCAAGAGGUACAUUAUUAUAUGGAUUAUUAGUAUACCCUGAAAAUAAAUUAGUAAGUGUUUUAAGACCAAAGGGUCACACUUUACAUACUACUGAUCUACACUUGCUUUUAUGCCUAAUUUUCAACAGGUUUAACAAUCAGGAUAAUAAUCAAGAGUUAUGGGUUCCAAUUUGUUUCCCAAAAUUCAAUGCAAACGGGUUUCUUUAUGCUUAUAUUAAUUUCCUCAGUAGCAAAAAUAAUAAGCCUUCUAGUAGAGGCACAUCCUCUGCUUCUAACAUUAAGAAUAGUAAUAACGACAAGAAUUGCCCAGCUCUUGUCUUAAUAUCUGCACAAAAAGAUAUGUUUCAUCCUUUAAAAGUUCUAGCUGAAUCGUUUAUAAAUGAACUUACAGAAAGUGGUUUGUUGGACAAGAUAACAACUUAUAAUGGUUUCAAAAUGAGUGAUGUACCAGCACCAUUUGUACAUCAUUUCAUCUAUAAGUCAAAGAAGCAUGUCCAGUAUAUUACACCAGAGGUAGACCAUAACAUGUUUAUAAAUCAAAUGCCAAAUUUUGAAAUAAGUUAUGCGUCUUAUGAAUUGAAAUUAAAAACAUAUUACCAACAAUUAUAUAACAGUAUUAUGAAUGGUAGUACUGGAGGUCCACUGAGCAAGAGUAUUCUCAAUUUUAUGCAAUGGAGUAUUAGCCCAGAAUCACAUCAGGAACCUGAUAUUUCAGAAGAUAUGCAAAACUCAUUUUUAAAAGAAGAGUCUCCUAAUAUUAUGGGUUUAGCAUGGGUGACACCAACGUUUGAACUAUACCUGAUUUGUAACAAUGGGAUUGUGGAUAAAGAUGUUAUAUUUAAAAGUGCCAAGAAUAUAGCCAAUUGGUGCAGAAAGAACGAAGCAAGGCUUUUUGUAACGGAAGGUGCAGUAUACUAA